GUUUGCAUUCGUCUCGACCCACAAAUAAUAAUUGCCUCCCCGCACGAUCGUUAGUUGCGAAUCAACACAAGCUGAAGAGAAAAAAGAAAGAAAAGCAAAACACUCACUCAACCACACGCAGCGGCAAUGGCUUCCGUGACCAUGACAGCCUCCUUCCUCGCCGGCUCGUCGGCUGCGGUUGGCAAGCUACCCUCGGCCAAGGCCUCGAGGUGCCUCGUCGUGGCCAAGGCGGCCUCGAGAGCCACCGAGGCCGAGAAGGCCAGCCUUGAAUUCAAUGCCGCCAAGGAAGAGAGCAGCAAUGGGAGAAGAGACUUGGUCUUCGCCGCUGCCGCCGCUGCAGCUGCCUGCGCUGUCGUGAGGGCCGCCAUCGCUGACGAAGACGAGCCGAAAAGAGGGACUCCUGAAGCCAAGAAGAAGUAUGCUCCUAUUUGCGUGACCAUGCCCACCGCUCGCAUCUGCCGCAAAUGAGGGUCAAGAAUUGGCAAACUCCUUUUUCCCCCACGCUUGAUUUCGUGUUGAUUUGGGAAUGAUAUAUGUGUAGAACCUUGUAUUCUAAUUUCUUGCUAUCUUGGGACUAAUCCGAUCACCAUUCUAUCUAA